CUAACCUGCCUUUUUAUCGCCACCAGCACCCUCCAACCAAUUCUUGCUGUUCCCACUUUCUCUCUCCCUCUACAGUUCUAGGGUUUCUUCUUCUUCUCCUCGUAUCCAUGUCUUAGAACACAUCGAAGCUUAAUCGAUUAUGGGUUCCAUGUCUACCCCUGAUCCCUGCGAGUUAACUCAGCCGCCGAGCUUCGAUGAGUUCCAACGCCAGGCUUCGCUCAUGACCAGCUGCACUCUCCUCUGGAAAGAACUUACCGAUCAUUUCACUUCGUUGGAGCAAAAUCUCCUCAAGAAAUCUGAUGCUAUCAAGGACAAGAUCAAAACCCUAGAAACCCAAACUAAAACCUCCCUCAAUUCCCUCGAGGAACGAGAAACCACAAUUGAAAAUUCCGUCUCCAUCGCUAUCCGGAAAGUAGAAGAAGCCAUGAAAGCCGCAGCAGCUGCAGUCGGAACAAGCAAAAGCGAAGACGCUGAAGAUAAUCCCGAAGUUGACGAUUCCGAGGGUUUGCUGUUGAGGUUGAAGUCCUUCUGUGUGAAGAUGGAUUCAUUAGGAUUUUGGGGGUUUAUCUCUUCCAGGAAGAAAGAAAUGGAUGUGAUGCGAGCUACAAUUCCUAUAGCUUUGGCCGAGUGUGUGGAUCCUGCUAGGUUCGUAUUGGAGGCGAUAUCGGAGGUUUUUCCGGUGGACAAGAGGCCGGAUUGCGUCAAUGAUUUGGGCUGGGCUUGUGUUUUGAUGCUUGAGAGUUUGAUUCCGGUGAUGAUUGAUCCGAUACUAGGCCAUUCACGGGCUUUUGUGACACCGAGUGUGAAGAAAACAGCCAAGGAGAUCGCUGAAACGUGGAAGGAGAGUUUGGAUGAGCGUGGUGGGAUUGAGAAUGUGAAAGCACCCGAAGUUCAUACAUUCUUGCAGCAUUUAGUAACUUUCGGGAUUGUCAAAGAUGAAGAUUUCGAUUUGUAUAGAAAGCUCGUUGUUGGUUCUGCUUGGCGUAAACAGAUGCCUAAACUCUCUGUUUCACUUGGCCUCGGUGACCAAAUGCCUGAUAUGAUUGAAGAAUUAAUUAGCAGAGGACAACAGGUUGAUGCUGUGCAUUUCACUCAUGAAGUUGGCCUUGUUGAGAGGUUUCCCCCUGUUUCUUUGCUAAAAGCUUUUCUCAAGGAUGCAAAGAAGGCUGCAACAUCUAUCAUGGAAGAUCCCAACAAUUCUGGACGUGCUCAGCACCUAGCUGCACGCAAAGAGCAGUCUGCACUAAGAGUAGUGAUAAAAUGCAUAGAAGAAUACAAACUUGAGGCUGAGUUUCCCCCUGAGAACCUAAAGAAACGGCUACAACAGUUGGAGAAGGUGAAGAUAGAGAAAAAGAGGCCAGCCGCCACGAGUCCCGCCAACAAAAGAACCAGAGCCUGCAACGUGGGACCCAUGCCGCCAGCAAAAGCAGGGCGUAUCACAAACACAUAUGUAUCUUCUUUCCCGGCCCCACCAACAUUCGUGAGGUCUCCAUCACAUAAUACCCAAUAUCCACCACCACAAUAUUCGGUCUAUGGACAUGGAAACAGGAGUCCGCCGGUAAAUCAUUAUGCCGCCUAUUCGCCGGAAGCCGCCCCACAUUCUCCGGCGUUCACGUAUCCGGGAACUCCUCCGAUGAACUAUCCUCCUCCACCUCCGGCUGCUGCUUAUGGGGGAUAUGGGAAUGUCAUGUCACCAGCUUUCCAGCAUGCUUACUAUCGUUGACAAUCAAUUACAUGACAUGACAUCAGGCUUCAUAAUGCUUCUUAUUGUCUAAUGUGAUUUGUGAUCACUAACCUUUUAAUGGUAGUUGGUGUAAUGUACGUUAAUAUCUUUCCUGUCUGUAUUUCUAAUGUUGAUUAAGCUGUCACUACACUGUUAAUGUGAAAAAGUAGUUUAAAUGUUAAAAAAAUAAUGUUAAAAUCGGUGCAU